AUGUAUUACUUUUGCAAUUUCGGCAAAAGGUUCCACUUGAUCCCUCGCUUGUCCUCCAUCGUGCCGGAGAGCUGUCUGCUGAUCGUGGUGGGCCUGCUGGUCGGCGGUCUCAUGAAGCUGGUAGGCGAGAUCCCUCCGGUGCUGGAGUCCAAGAUCUUCUUCCUGUACCUGCUGCCUCCCAUCAUCCUCGACGCCGGCUACUUCUUGCCCAUACGGCAAUUCACUGAGAACCUGGGCACUAUUCUCAUGUUUGCAGUGGUGGGAACGCUCUGGAAUGCCUUCUUCGUUGGUGGUCUGCUGUACGGCGUUUGCCAGCUGGAGGGCCAUAGACUGGUGACAGUGGACCUGCUGUCGUGCCUGCUGUUCGGCUCCAUCAUCUCGGCUGUGGACCCCGUGGCUGUUCUGGCUGUGUUUGAGGAGAUCCAUAUUAACGAGCUGCUCCACAUCCUGGUGUUCGGAGAGUCUUUACUUAAUGACGCCGUCACUGUGGUGCUGUAUCAUCUCUUUGAGGAGUACAGCAGUGUGGGCUCGAUCACUGUCAUGGAUGUGUUUCUGGGUAUCGUGUGUUUUCUGGUGGUGUCGUUGGGCGGUAUCGUGGUGGGUGCCAUCUACGGCAUCCUGGCAGCCUUCACGUCCCGCUUCACCUCGCACACGCGCGUCAUCGAGCCUCUGUUCGUCUUCGUCUACAGCUACAUGGCUUACCUGUCAGCGGAGGUGUUUCAUUUGUCCGGCAUCAUGGCGCUAAUCGCAUGUGGUGCCGUCAUGCGUCCCUACGUGGAGGCCAACAUUUCCCAUAAAUCCCACACCACCAUCAAGUACUUCCUGAAGAUGUGGAGCAGCGUGAGCGACACGCUCAUCUUCAUCUUCCUGGGAGUGUCGACCGUGGCCGGGCCGCACGAGUGGAACUGGACCUUCGUGAUGGCGACCCUCAUUUUCUGCCUGGUGGCGCGUGUUCUGGGUGUUGUCGGCUUGACCUUCGUGAUCAAUAAGUUCCGUAUCGUCAAACUCACCUCUAAGGACCAAUUUAUCAUAGCUUAUGGAGGAUUGAGAGGAGCCAUCGCCUUCUCCCUGGUCUACCUGCUGAAGACUGAACACUUCCCCAUGAGAAACAUGUUCCUCACCGCCAUCAUCACUGUCAUCUUCUUCACGGUGUUUGUGCAGGGCAUGACCAUUCGACCUCUGGUGGACCUCCUGGCGGUGAAGAAGAAACAGGAAACGAAGCGAUCUAUUAAUGAGGAGAUUCACACACAGUUUUUGGACCAUCUGCUAACCGGCAUCGAGGACAUCUGCGGACAUUACGGACAUCAUCACUGGAAGGACAAGCUGAACCGGUUCAAUAAGAAGUACGUGAAGAAGUGCCUGAUAGCAGGCGAGCGCUCCAAAGAACCGCAGCUGAUCGCCUUCUACCACAAGAUGGAGAUGAAGCAGGCCAUCGAGCUGGUGGAGAGCGGCGGCGGAGCCAAGUUUCCCUCGGCCCUGCCGUCCACCGUCUCCAUGCAGAACAUCCAGCCCAAGAAGCCUCCUCAGGACCGGGCACUGCCGCAGCUCUCCAAGGCUCGUGAGGAAGAGAUCAGGAAGAUCCUGCGCACCAACCUGCAGAGGACCCGCCAGAGACUGCGCUCGUACAACAGACACACUCUGGUUGCUGAUCCAUACGAGGACGGCUGGAAUGAGAUCCUUAUCAAACGGAAGAAAAUGAAGGAGCUGGAAAAGAAGAUAUCACAGAUGAACAAUUACCUCACUGUUCCCGCUCCGCCUCCUGAUUCCCCCACCAUCGCUCGAGCUCGACUGGCUUCAGACCCUCAAGCAUGGGGCCUCAAGUCUGUCACAGAAAGCAUCCCCACCAUUAAAGUGGACCUCGCAUCACCGCAGAGCCCAGAGUCCGUCAACAUGGUGGACGAGUUUGGCAAGAAGGGAAGCCAGUCGAAGGCGAGCAAGGAGGAGGAGGGCGGCCUCACCAUGAAAGUUCCCUCUCCUACGAAUCAGAGAAAAGACAAAACGGCCGACGAGGACAACGACAAGGAGCCGCAGCAACGGUUAAUGCGCUGUCUGAGUGACCCGGGCCCCACCGCCGAAGAGGAAGAUGAGGACGAGGCCUUCCUCCCCUGAGAGAUGAAUGAGCUCCGGCCGCCUCCUCAAGGACGUCCACAUGGAGGAUCAUUAACUGCUGUAAUACAGAGGACAGAUGUAUAAUCUGUAGGAAGCCAAAACGAAAGGAAAAUGAACCAAAAUAAAGGAAAUGAAAGGGAGCAAUCAAAAUAAGCCAUUCAUUUUUUUUUGUUUAUCAUUGCUCUUUUCAUUUGAAGCCGGUUCACACCAAGGACGAUAAUUAUAAAGAUAACGAUAAAGAUAAUAGUUCUAA